AGCAGGAUGAGUAACGUCCGGUUGUCUGCAGCCUCCUCCCCUGUCUCUAAGGUUACAGGCCUGUCACCAGGAUGCAGUUCCCGUAGCAACGAACCUCCAGCCUUCAUCCUCCCUCCCCGUAACGCCCAGGUGGCCCUGGGGGGAGACGCCCGACUGGAGGGGAAGGUGCGUGGUCAUCCUGAGCCUCAGGUCACAUGGUACAGAGAAGGGAGGGCUGUGACUGGUGGAGAGCGCUGUGUCCUGAUGCAAGGUGGGCGGGGUACCUUCAGCCUGGUGGUAGGUGGAGUCACAGAGGAGGACCUGGGCCGUUACACCUGUCAGGCAACCAAUCAGGCAGGGAUCCGGGAGGUUACCGUGGAGAUCCUUCAGGAAGUGAAUUCCGGGAAGAAAAAUGGCCUCCCGUCCUUGAUGAGAACAGGGUGUCGCUCUGCAGUCCCAUCGAUAACGAACAGGCCCAGCAUUUGGGGCGAAAGUCCGCCGAAGUUCAUCACCAAACCGGGCAGAGUGCUGGCUAAACUGGGACAGACGGGGAAGUUCACCGCCAAGACAACAGGUCGUCCUCAACCCCAGGUCACAUGGUACAAGGGGGAGGCGGAGCUUCUGUCAUGUGGGCGGGUCUGUAUGUAUGAGCGCUCUGGCCUUCACUUUCUGGAGAUUCAGGAAGUGGGAGUAGAGGAUGCAGGAAGUUACACGUGUUUACUAACCAACAGUGCCGGAACUGCAUCUGCUUCUGCCACGCUCAGUGUCCAAGAUGUUCCUGAAAACAGCUCCAGGUCGGCUCACUCGGCUGAGACCUCACAGUCAGGCAGCAGAGACCUGACGGAGGACACAGCGCCUCGCAGUGCUCCCAGUGCUCUCAGUGCUCCCAGUGCUCCCAGUUCUCCCAGUGUUCCUAGUGCUCUUAGUGCUCCCAGUGCUCCCAAUGCUCCCAGCUCUCAGACACAGCCGCUCACACCCAGAGAGAAACAUCAUCAGAGGCCCCCGUCUCAUCCUGGAGGAAGGGUUAAACCUCCUGUGCAGGCCCCUCCUGUAGCUGAGAGGAGAACUGCACCUGCUCAGGUCCAGUCCCUCAUGGGUUCUGUUCCAGUUCAGACCGACUCAGUCCAGAAGUCAGUGAUCGGCUCAGACAGCGCGAGGGCCGGGAGGAAGUCAGCCACAGGGUCCAACCUGCGGUUCGAGGCUGUUCCUCUGGACCAGGAGGCCACAGAGGGAGCUCAGGUCACAUUCACCUGCCAAGUCUCCUCCGUCACCGUUGCCGCGGUAAUGUGGCUGAAGGAUGGGGCCCCGGUGAGGACUGGAGGGUGUCUGCAGCAGAGACAGGACGGGACCCGUCUCAAUCUCACCAUGGAGAGAGUGAGACGGGUGGACCAGGGGACGUACAGGUGUCAGCUGACCACUGCUGACGGACUCACUGUGACCUCUGCAACAUGGACACUCAGCGUGAACAGCUGCAGACCAUCGGUGGUCACAGAGGUCAGAGGAGUCUGUGCGGCUCCACGUUUCGUACGACGGCUCGCAGACAUGCAGGUGAUGGACGGCAGCAGAGUCACCAUGACUGUGGAGCUGACGGGUCACCCUCCUCCAGACGUGGUGUGGCUACAUGACGGGCAGGAGGUGACGGAGACGGAGGACUUCCACCUCCUCAGGGAGGAGAGCCGCUGCACCCUGCUGAUCCAGGAGGUGUUCCCCGAGGAUAACGGGGGCUACAGCUGUCAGGCCUGGAACCAGUACGGGGAGGACGCCACCCACUGCCAGCUCACUGUGGAGGAGCCUCAGGACGGUGUUCAGCCCUGGUUCAUCACUAAACCCAAACCUGUAAGCGCCGCCGUGGGUCAGCACGUCCUCCUGUCAUGUGCCAUCGCCGGAGACCCGUUCCCCCAGUACACCUGGACCAGGGUGGACCCCAGCCGAUCUCUGACCUCUGGAGGAGACUACGAGCUGCUGCAGAAGGAGGACGUGGUCUCUCUGCUGAUCAGGAGGGUGAAGAAACAGCAUGCGGGAGAAUACCUGAUCACUCUGAGGAACUCGGUGGGGGAGUGCAGCGGCGUGGCCUGUCUGUCUGUCACUGAUGGAGAGACGGACCGGACGAGAGGAAGAGGAGGACGAGGGGGAGAGGACAGUAGCCCUGCAGCAGCAGCAGGAGGAAGAGGAGGAGGAGGAGGAGCAGCUGGUGGGAUCUUUGGGCUGAGAGGAGGUGCCAGAGGAGGAGGAGGAGGCGUGGAGCAGAGAAGCAGCCGGAGCAGUGUUGGUGUCAGUCGGCAGGAGGCCAACCAGGAGCAGAAGGAGAGCCAGAAGCUCCUGCACCUGCAUCAGGAGGACAAGAAGAAGAAGGAGGAGGACCAGGACUCCCCAAGUGCCAGCACCGCUCCCCGAGGCCUCCUCAGACGCUGUGUGGACACCAGGGAGCGCGGUGAGGAGGAGCUUCGACAGAGGGAGGCGCAGCAGCUGGACUUUCGCUCCCUGCUGGGACGCCGAGCUUUCAACGCCAAAACCAACCAGGAAGAAGAGCAGAGGGAGGCCGGCCUCGUCGCCGCCGAGCACCACUUUCAUCAGAUGGAUUUUAAGGCCAACUUGAAGGGCGUCAAAGCCAAGACGGAGGAGAACAAGAACACCUCCUCCGGACAGGUUGACUUCCGCUCCGUGUUGGGGAAGAAGGGCGCCCCAGGCAACGGGAACAAACCUGCAGAUAGCCCUGGGAAGAACGCCGGAGACUUCCGUGCCGUCCUCUCCAACAAGAAGAAGCCAGGGAGUCCCGAGAAGAACGGCGAGGGCGGGAAGACGGAGGUUAACAACUGCGUGGAUGGAGGGAUUAACGAGAAGAAGAGCGGAGGAGGAGGGAAGGAGCCGGAGUUCGUGGAGAAGCUGAGUGAUGUGACGGUGCUGGACGGGCAGCGGCUCCGGCUGCAGUGCCGCCUCGCCGCUGCCACCACAGACGCCACCGUCACCUGGACGCUGGACGGGAAGGUCAUCAAGUCGUCCAAGUUCAUCGUCCUCGCAAACGAAGGUGGCCUGUGCUCUCUGACUAUCGGCAAAGCGCUCCCUGAGGAUGAAGGACAGUAUAAAUGCCGAGCAGAGACCUCGGCAGGGAAAGCUGAAUGCUCCUGUAUGGUUCUAGUCGACGACCCCACAGAAAACUCUCCGGCUGACAAGAAGUCGAAGAAGGCGACUCCGACCUCAGAGAGUGAAGCCAGAAUAAAGAAACCGACGACAAAGACUCCUCCGAAACAAGCUCUCCCUCCUCAGAUCCUUCAGUUUCCAGAGGACAUGAAGAUUUUAGCCGGAGAGAAGGUGGAGAUCCUCUGCAAGUUCUCUGGAGCUCCACCCAUCAACUGCACCUGGCUCAAGUUCAGGAAACCAAUCCAGGAGGGCACAGCUGAUAUCUCCAUAGAGAACAGUGACAGCAGCAGUCAGCUGACCAUCGCCAGCGGUCAGCAGGAACACUGCGGCUGUUACACCAUCGAGUUGAGGAACAGCUACGGCCUCCGCCAGGCGGCGCUCAACCUCACCAUCGUCGAUAAACCCGACCCCCCGGCUAAGGUCCCUGCAACCUCAGAUGUCCGACGUGCGACUCUGACCCUGUCCUGGUACGGCCCGACAUACGACGGAGGCAGCGCCGUUCAGUCCUACAAUGUGGAGAUCUGGGACUCUGUGGAGCCCACGUGGAAACAGCUGGUGUCCUGUAACAGCACCUCCUACAAUGUACAGAAUUUGCUCCCGGAGCGUCAGUAUAAGUUUCGUAUCCGGGCGGAGAACAUCUACGGCGUGGGCGAGCCGAGUGCCGAGUCUGAACCUGUGACCAUGGGACUGGUGGACGAUGAUGCUCUGGACGAGGCCGAGGAGGAAGACGAUGACUCCGAGAAAGAGCCAGACUACAGGGACGUGAGCAUCAGAUCAGACGUGAAGGUGAAGGAGCUCUACGAUGUGGAGGAAAGGCUGGGAACGGGGAAGUUUGGUCAGGUGUUCAAAUUGGUGGAGAAAGCGACGAAGAAGGUUUGGGCAGGGAAGUUCAUCAAGGCGUACUCGGCGAAGGAGAAGGAGAACGUGCGGCAGGAGAUCGGCAUCAUGAACAGCCUCCAUCACCCCAAACUGGUGCAGUGCAUCGACGCCUUCGAGGGCAAGUCGGACAUCGUCAUGGUGCUCGAGAUCAUCUCUGGCGGCGAGCUGUUUGAGCGGAUCAUCGACGAGGACUUUGAGCUGACAGAGAGAGAAGUGAUCAAAUACAUGCUGCAGAUCAUCGACGGCGUGGCCUUCAUCCACAAACAGGGCAUUGUCCACCUCGACCUCAAACCUGAAAACAUCAUGUGUGUCAACAAGACGGGCAGCAAGAUCAAACUCAUCGACUUUGGACUCGCCAGACGACUCGAGAACGCGGGCACUCUGAAGGUUUUGUUUGGGACUCCAGAGUUUGUGGCUCCUGAGGUGAUCAACUACGAAGCCAUCAGUUAUCCUACAGACAUGUGGAGUAUAGGAGUCAUCUGCUACAUCCUGCUGAGCGGUCUUUCUCCGUUUAUGGGCGAUAACGACAACGAGACUCUGUCCAAUGUCACAUCAGCCACCUGGGACUUUGAGGACGAGGCGUUUGAUGAAAUCUCCGACACGGCCAAAGAUUUCAUCACCAACCUGCUGAAGAAAGACAUGAAGACUCGUCUCACCUGUGCUCGGUGUUUUGAACACACCUGGCUGAAGCAGGACACCAACACCAUGAAGACCAAGAAACUGUCCAAAGAAAGGAUGAAGAAGUACAUCCUGAGGAGGAAGUGGCAGAAAACGGGGCACGCUGUGCGAGCCAUCGGCAGACUGUCGUCCAUGGCCAUGAUGGCGGGAGUCAGUGCCAAGAAGGGCUCGCCCACCGAAGAGGAUAAUCAGUUCCUGGAGUGUUUGGAGUACGAGCAGAAGACGGAGUGUAAGCCGACAUUCAGCUCCGUCAUCAAGGACGUGGAGGUGGUGGAGGGCAGCGCCGCCCGUUUCGACUGUAAGAUCGAAGGUUACCCCGACCCCGAGGUGGUCUGGUACAAAGAUGAACAGCCAAUCAAAGAGACCCGACACUUUCAGCUCGACUACGACGAGGACGGAAACUGCAGCCUUGUCAUUUCAGAGGUUUCAGGUGACGAUGACGCCAAGUACAUGGUGAAGGCGGUGAACAGUCUCGGGGAGGCGACCUGCACCGCCGAGCUGCUGGUGGAGGUGAUGGCGGGAGAGGAGGAGGAGGAAGAGGAGGAGGAGGAAGAGGAGGAGGAGGAGUAAAGAAGUGUGCACUCCCACAGGAGGAGGAGGAGGAGCCUGUCACACCUGAGCAUGAAAAACUGACCCCUUAUUAUCAGAUGUUGUUGUUCCAGGUGGAGCAGGUGGGCGGGGUUUGUGGUGAGCAUGUCAUGAACAUAUCACAUGAUUUAAACCUCAAAACUUGUCUCAAAUUCCACUUCAUGUCACACGAUAUCAUUUUUAUUUAACUUCCUGCAUGUUUUAAUUUAAAUUAGCACCAUGCCGUGUGAUAAACCCCGCCCACCUGACACCUUUGGAGAUCAGCAGCUCCCCCCCUCACAAGUCAGGACCUCAUCUUCAGCAGGUUUCCUCUUAAAAAUACAGAACUGAAAUCUGACACUACAUGGAGCUAAGUUUAUUUCUCAUCAUUUUAAAUUCAUCGGGUUUUAUCAGUGAGAUCACAAAGAACUAUUAAUUUUAUAAAUUUUUAUUUGAUAAAUCGAUAAAUCAAUAAAUUGAUCUGCUUAUUGGAAAUAUAAACGACAGUAAACAUGUCAGUAACUCAGAACAAGCUUUAGCAUGUUAGCAUGUUGCUGUAGCUCUCAUCAUAUUUAAGACAAAAUGAAUUAUGGGAGCUGUAGUUGUUGCCUUACUGUUAAAAAAAAAACCAUCUGGAGCUCAGACUCAAACUUGAGGACUCGGACUGAGGCUAGGAUAGUAGGGACUGGACUCAGACUCUUUGGUGACUUGACCUGGACUUGAGGUUUGGUGAAUCUAGCACUGGGGACCUAAAGACUCAACCAGGGACUGGAGGUUUGGUAACUCGACUUGGACCUGAGCUCUGGGGACUAGAGACUCAACUGGGACUUGAAAUUUGGUGAUUCAACUAGGACUCAAGACUUAACUUGGAACUUUGCUUAGACUCAACCUUCUGGACCUUCCCCACCUCUUCGGGGGGACAGGACUCGGACAUGGCUCAAAUUUAUUUUGGUGACUCAACUCAACUCAGACCGGCGGUUUGAUAACUCGACUUGGACUUUAGCUCUGGGUACUGAAACACAUCUUGGAACUUUGCUCUGACUCUGACUCAUGGGAGGGACAGGACUUGGACUCGGCUCAGAUUUUUCUUUGAGGACUCGACUUGGACUUGAGACUCAACAAGGACUGGAGGUCCGGUGACUCGACUUGGAAGCAGAUUUAGGCUGACAUCACUCCUUAACCAUACUGGGAUUCUGGGUAAUGAAGUCUCCCCUACAGUUUUCCUGUUGUGAUGAUUUGAAGCUGACGCAGAGCGCUGGCUCGCGUCACGACAACCUGAAUAGAAACAAGACCAGACGCUGUCAGGCUCCGUGAGAGUAAGAGGGCGACUCUAACGAUGAUUAACGUUUUGAAAUAUUCCGUCUUGUAGUUUUUAUCCCUCCUUCUGUUCUGCUUCAUGUUUCAAACACUUUUAUUUAGACUCUGAGCGGUUUGACCAUGGAGUACUCUGUGAGCUAACGUCACCUGUGCCUUAAACUGUUAGCCUUAAAGCUACACGGGGGUCAUGUUGUUUUUUUUUAUCACUUUGAAGCGUCUCUGCUGCGUGAACGUGUCGCUGACGUCCCAGUCGUACCGUAUGUUGUUUUUGUCACAUUCCAGCUGUUUGUUUGUGCUUUACAUCAUUUAUCAGACAUUUGAAGAAACCAAAGAAUCUCCUCUGAGAUGUCACAGGUGUGUGUGUGUGUGUGUGUUCCUUACCUGCGCCUGCCGCUCGCUCUGUGUGUGUGUGUGUGUGUGUGUGUGUGCUUGUAUUUCAGAAGGUUUUAUUUAAGCACAGAUUUAUUAUAUUAAUGUGAUCAUAUGAAGAGCCAGCACUUACUAGGUCACGUCUGUCCCUGAGGCAGUGACUCACUCUGGUGUGUUUCGUAUUAGAUGUAUGUAGAUGAUGUUUUUUUAUGAAUAUAUCUGAGUGUGACGAGCUGCAGAGGAACAUGUACCACACACUUGGACUGUAGUUACUCACCGAAACAAUAAACGUAUCACAAAAACAA